CGUCAGUGAGAGCGUCACGUGCCCGGCUCGGAUCAGCUGACCCCGCUGUUUCCUGGUUUUUGCUCCGCGUCUGUCUCAGAUUUUUGGACUUUAACUCGGUUCAGAACCAGGUUCGUUUUUUCAGAACUUAUUCCGACACAAAGCGACGACCAGAACCCUCACAAGGUGGUUCCGCUGCCGCCAUGAACGCGUCGGACAGCGAUGAGGAGCUCUACAACGAGCGCAGCGCGCUGGUUCCGUCAGAGAACCCAGAGGUUCCGUCCUACAGACCCGACCCGGACCACAGCCCCACCGAGGACUCCGACAGCAAAACGACCGGCUUCAGCAGGCGAACCCGUCCGGGAGGCGGUUCGGAGCGGGAGGCGGAGCCUGAGGAAGAGGAGGAGGAGGAGCUUCCUCUCAAGUACGGAGCCAAGCACGUGAUCAUGCUCUUCAUCCCCGUCACGCUGUGCAUGGUGGUGGUGGUGGCCACCAUCAAGUCUGUGGGCUUCUACUCGGAGAAGACCACCCAGCAGCUGAUCUACACGCCGUUCACGGAGGACACACCUGACGUGGGCCGCCGGCUGCUCAACUCCGUCCUCAACACCGUCAUCAUGAUCAGCGUCAUCGUGGUCAUGACCAUCCUGCUGGUGGUUCUGUACAAGUACCGCUGCUACAAGUUCAUCCACGGCUGGCUCAUCCUCUCCUCCCUCAUGCUGCUCUUCUGGUUCAGCUUCAUGUACCUGGGCGAGGUGUUUAAGACGUACAACGUGGCGAUGGACUACGUGACGGUGGCGGUUCUGAUCUGGAACUUCGGCGCCGUGGGCAUGGUGUGCAUCCACUGGAAGGGGCCGCUGGCACUGCAGCAGGCCUACCUCAUCUUCAUCAGCGCCCUCAUGGCCCUCGUCUUCAUCAAGUACCUGCCCCCGUGGUCCGCCUGGGUCAUCCUCGCCGCCAUCUCCGUCUACGACCUGGUGGCCGUGCUGAGCCCCAAAGGGCCGCUGCGCAUGUUGGUGGAGACGGCGCAGGAACGCAACGAGCCCAUCUUCCCCGCCCUCAUCUACUCCUCCGCCAUGAUGUGGACGGUUACCAUGGCGAAUCCUGCUGACGAUCAGCCAUCAGAAACAGAUGAGGAGGCGGAGCUAAGCGGCAGGAGGGCGGAGCCUCAGAGAAGACAGCCUGGACCGAUCCUAGAAGACGAGCUGGAGGAAGAACGCGGCGUGAAGCUGGGCCUCGGGGACUUCAUCUUCUACAGCGUCCUGGUGGGGAAAGCUGCAGCGACGGGAGGAGACUGGAACACCACGCUGGCGUGCUUCGUCGCCAUCCUCAUCGGUCUGUGCCUGACGCUGCUGCUCUUAGCCAUCUUCAAGAAGGCCCUGCCGGCGCUGCCCAUCUCCAUCACCUUCGGCCUCAUCUUCUACUUCUCCACUGACUUCCUGGUCCAGCCCUUCAUGGACAACCUGGUCAAUCACCAGUUCUACAUCUGAGGCCAAGCCCCGCCCACAUCUCCUCGUUAUCGGUCUCAUGGAAAGCCCGCUGGACCACUUGCUGGUGUCUUUUGACGUGAUGCACCACGACCACCUCCUGUGCAAAUCUGAGUAACAGGAAGUGAUGUCAUCCACUCUGACCACCUGGUGGUCUCUGCUCAGGUGUGAGGUAUGUGAGGUUCUAUCAUGGCUGCUGUCCAUGAAAAGAGCGGCCCCAGAUGUUUCUGUUUAAUCUGCCACGCCACCGCAUCAUCAUCAUCAUCAGGACUCUUCAGCAACAUGGAGCGGGAAAGUGGGCGGAGCCACGGGUUCGUUAAAGUUUUCUUCAUCCACCAUGUCCUCGUGCAGCUCCAGACACUACAUUACCCACAAUCCUCAGGUCAAAGAAGUCUGUUUCUUUCAUGCUGUUGAAUUUAAUCCCACACUUGAACUCUGGGAUUGGACACUGCCUGUUCAGAUGCAUCAUGGGAGUUGUAGUUUCCCAGGAAAGUUUACAAGCUGUUUAGAUAUUUUCCCUUAAAGAAUAACAUAUUUUACUACAUGAUUAAUCGUCUGUUGAAUAAUCAGGAAACUCCAGUAAUUAAAAACAGCAAGUGAUUUAAAGAAAGCCUGAAAGCAGAAAUUAUUUUAUUUUAUUUUAUCUGUUUAUAAAACCAAGAUUAUUAUUUAGGUGGUGAAAGCAAUUCCCUGUGUGUGUUUCUAUAACAUUGACCUGUGUGGGCCUCCGUAUGUCUGCAGAUUGAUCUUUGGGGGGUAACUCUUCAGCUUUUAUUCUCAGUUCUGUAAAUGUUCAGGAUCAAUUAAAUGACUUUUACUGGAGCGGUGA